AACCGGCUAACCCCCGAUGGACUUCAAUUUAUCUCUUUUGGCGACAAUAACGCCUUCUUAACGGAGCCAAACCCUAUUUAAAGCUGAAAUACUUUCAUUUUUAAUUUUUAUUUCAGUGAAUUUGGUUUCUAUGCUUAAUCGCUGAUCCGCCUCAGCGUCCCAUUCUCAAUUAAACCCUGAUUCUUCCAAUUUCGCACAAAAUUUCUUCUGCAGGCAGAUUUUCAGGUAAAUCUCGUUAAUUUUCUCAAAAGUUUCCUAGUUUUUAUGUUUAAUCUUUGGUUAUAUCUAUUAGCUUUGUUUGGGAAUUGGAAUCAACUAUGCCUUUAAGUGUUUGACAAAAUGCCCAAAAGAAAUUAUCUACAUUUAUUAGCAUUCGCUCUUCAUCGCGGCCUAAUAUGAAUUGAUAAUUUGAUAUCUGCUAUUGUAUUACUUUCUGCUAGCCAAAUUAUGUUCUGUACAUGAUAUUUUUGUAUGUGGUUAGGUUGUGUAACAGACUAAAAUCGUCUAUUCGAGCAGUGUAUGUCCCAUAUUGAUGGUAGUAAAAUCGGUUUUUAGAGAUAUAUUCAGUUUGCUAAUCCCUAAUUCCCAUUUAUUUACCUUCUUCUUUUAAAAGAAAAGUUGAAAGCAUGGAUUUCAAUGAUCAUAAUAAGCUAUUGAAGGGACAGGACAGCAUGACUGAGGCUAAAGAUUUGAUCAGCGACUUACCUGACUCACUUCUUCACCAUAUUCUUUCCUUCCUUGAAAUCAAGUAUGUUGCUCGUACUAGCGUAUUAUCUAAACGAUGGAAUUACAUUUGGACCUCUAUCCCUACUCUUGAUUUCAAGCACUGGUUACCCUCUUCGUUGGAAACCAGUAAAUUCAUGGAUUUUCUUGAUGGAACAUUGCAUCGUCAUAAUAUAUCAAACAUACAGAAAUUCUCUCUACUGUGGAAUAGACACUUGAAUGAGUCUCGGGUUAAUUCAUGGAUCUCUAAUUUGAUAAGGCUCGAGGUUCAAGAGUUCAAUCUAUUCUUAGACCAAGUAAAACCAUUCUCUGUUCCAUUGUCUCUUUGUAAUUGUGCAUCGCUCUUGUCGUUGACACUAGAAAUAACCCCUAACAUCUACUUUCCUAAAGAUAUCUCUUUUCCAAGACUCAAGCGCCUUCACCUUUAUGGAGUCAAAUUUACCAGCAACUACUGGAAUGAGCAAUUCUUUUCCAAUUGCGCUGUCCUUGAAGAUCUUGUAAUUGGAUUCUGCAAUUGGAUUGAUGUGAAGAGUUUCUGUAUUUCAAAUCCCACACUGAAAGUCUUGAAAAUUCUUAAUCCCCAAGAAAAUGAAGAUGGUUAUAGAGACUGUGCUCUCGAAAUUCAUGCACCAAAUCUGGAAUCUCUCACCUACAAGGGAAGGGUUGCAAAAGAAUAUCUCUUGUCUAGAUUCCGAAAUCUUGUUGAAGCCAAAAUUGACUUCGUAGUCGAUGAUGGUGCAACAAGAGAGCAAAGGAUUGGUCAAGUUGCAUCUGUACGUAAGUUUGUCCGAACGCUUUCACGUGUAAACUAUCUAUCAAUUUCUGAUCGAACACUACAGAUUCUCUCCAUUACAGACGGUUUCGUGAGAAAUCUGCCGAUGUAUCAUUAUUUGUUCAAGUUGAACCUGACUAAGAAAACAACCACAGAUGGUGCACUGAUUGUUUUCCUCAAAACAGCCCCUAAUCUGGAGAUUAUGGAGUUUAAAGGGUUCACCGAUGAUGAGAUUGACGGCGAGGAUAAUGAUGAAGGUGAAGACAACCACGAUAUUGAAGACAAUAACUUUGGCACUGCUGAGGGUGAAAACAACAAUGACAAGGGAAACAAUGCUUGGGAAAUUGAUUCAGUAGCUACUAGAUGUAUUUUUCUACAGCUCAAGUCAGUUAGCUUUAAAAACUUCUCUGGCGACCCAAGGGAGUUUAGGUGGGUGAAACUAAUUUUGAGGAAUGCAAGAAUUCUGGAGUCAAUGAUGAUUUACGGUGAUCGCAGUCUUGAUAUGGAAAGCGAAAAAGUAAUAAUGGUGGAGUUAUCAAGUCUUCCAAGAGCCUCAGCAAGUUGUGUGUUCAAACUCUAUUCUCACCCGGGUUAGAAGGUGUUCAUCUCCAGUGUCACAUAUAUACUUUGAAGGGGCGGAGAAGGUUAUCACAAAGUAAACUGGAGAGGUGGCCAAUAAUAUCCGCAUUUCCAAAUUUGGGGAAAUAAAAUUGUGAAAAAUUUCAAUCUCAGGAGGUCGCUGUUUGUGUGUUUGACAAGGGUGCAAGACGUUUGAUCAAUCCAUCUCGAGGACUUCUCCAGGGGAAUUAUGUGGUGUACAGAAGCUUACAAGAUUUAGUAAACAAACAUUUCACCAAUGCAGAAUAAAGAGAAAACAUGGUGACUGAAAACUUUCAACCGUAUCUAUUUCAUUUUCUGUCUUUUAAAUGGUGAAUCCGUGUAAUAUUUGGAAACCCCAGUUAAAAAAAUUGGACUGUUUUCA